AUGGCAGCUUUCUGGCAUGAGCUGGCAGGGCUGAGCAGGAGUGGUAAGAGUUGUAGGGAGAGGUGGAAAAACCACCUGGAUCCUAAUGUCAAGAGAGAGAACUUCUCCCAAGAGGAAGACGAAACCAUCAUCCGCCUCCAUUCAAGUCAUGGGAAUAGCUGGGCAUUUAUAGCAACUCAUCUUCCAGGGCGAACCGAUAAUGCUCUCAAGAACCGCUGGAAACACCAUUUGAAGAAUAAGCUAAUUGGGAGAGGUAUUGAUCAUCAGAAUAUUCCUGACCUACAAAGUAGCACCGGGGAUUACUUUGAGCCUUGGAUUUCUGGACCGGUCUCAGCCUCAGUGGAGAACGCGUUCAUGCCAACUGAACAAGUCACCAGAAAUUGGUCUCCUUAA